UUUCAGAACCAUCUUGCAAUGGCGGAAGCAGACGUCGAGGAGAUUGAAGCGCUAAAAUCAGAAUUCGAAUGGAUUUUGCAAGAAGAAGUAAACAUUGUGUUGCAGCAGCUGCAAGACAUCAUGCUGGAGUGCUCCAAGCGUUUCCCACACUCAUUCUCCGACCAAGAAAACCUAGUCAAGACUGACAAGUUGAUCCUGAACAGCACAAGCUCCACAGCUGCCCCUGAGCAAAUUAAAGUCCUGGCAACAAUGUCAGGGGAUAGCAUCAGCCACGCAGACAUUGCACUGCGCAUUCCUAAGCAUCCCGGCACCACCUUGAGGACAAUAGUGCAGAAUGACUGCCAAUGGAAGCUGCAGCAGGUGCAAGACGCGGGCAACAACCUAAUGACUGCUUUGCAACUGCUCACGCCGCCGCCACCGAAAACCAAGUUUCAGUUCAAGUCUGCGGAAGAAGUAACCCAGCUUAUGACCACCGUAAUGGGUUGUCUGCAGAGGGGUAGGGCGAGCCUCAUAAUUCCAAAGAAACGCACCAUCGACGAGAUUCUUGGAAGCCGGAACAUGAAAUCCUUGCAACCACCACUGCCUCAAGAUCUGGGCGCCAGCUUCUAUGUGCAGUCCCACAAGCUCAUCUUUGCUGUGUAUUACGUCCAUAAGGACUCGCACGGCCAGCCGAAGUUUGAUGUCUUUCAGGCAGAGACAUCUGUGCCUUGGCUGAGUGAAGUCCUUGUACUGUUCACCAUAGCCCUGCAGCUCUGCCAGCAGCUUAAGGACAAGGUCGCCGUGUUCUACCAGUACAGGGAGUUCCACAUCCCGUAAGAGGGGAACCAAAAGUGAAAGUUCACAAGCUGUGUUGUGAAAGGACAGAGGAGAGGUGUAUUCAACGGGAUACUUAAGGAAGAACAACAACCCAGUCGGCGCACUACCAAAGUUCUACACCUGUGAAGCUUCAGCUCCCACGGGAUGGUCCAGUUGGCAUCACUACUAUCGGCUGUGGCAGCUAAAAUUACUCAACUCGCCCGAAGGAAACGCACUUAAAUUUUUUUCUUCUCGCUUUCCCAGUGCUCAAAAAAGGUCACGGGUAUCGAUGCGCAGGGCAGCUGUUUAGUGAAUGGAAAAUUUUACUAUGUUUAUAUACUAUUCUGGCGAGAAGGUAACGACACAGGUCACGACCAGGUCACGACCAGGUCAGCUCUGACCAGGUCAGCUCAAGUCAGAACUGGUAAGCUCUGGUCAUGAAAAACUCUUGCUACAUUAUGGGCACCUACUUUCAUGUGUGUGUCCCUAUAUGUUUUAUUUAUAUAAUUAGUUUUGUUCUAGGCUGAUUAUGUUUACUUGCAUAGGUCUUAUCAGUAUUUGUGAAGUUAACACUUUUUCUCCAAGCUGUUAGAAUGAAUAAGUUUGCUAUUGCCACGAAUGAACUUACGGUAUACUUUUGCCUAAUUAAUGGGCCGGCCGAAGGUAUAGUGAUAAGCAAGCAAAAACAAGUCUUUAAAUGCAGAUCGUAGAUAGGCACUGUUUUGUCUAUUAGGCUUGCUAUCUGUGGAAGCCACUGUGGAAACUUUUUCUUUCUGUCAUUUUCUGAAGCUUUCUGUAUAAUGCAGCGGAACGUAGAACAAACACCAGCAUCAUUUCUUGCUUUUAGUCACUCUUGACAUAGUUUAUACCUGUAAGUGGCGCGAUACAAAUUUUUGUCCUUACAAUGCGCUUCGCAUUUGCUCGUCGUUUUAAGUGCAGAGAGUUGUCUUGCUUCAUACUGUAGCAAGAAAUGUGAAAGAAAAAGGCAGCUGUCUUGCAUUUCUCGACUAGAAAUCUUUGUGCAGGCGACAAAUCAACAUCAUUUCUAGUCGUCUAGGCACCCUGCAACGGUGUUAUCAAUUAGAGCUACCAUCAGAGCUAAGUGAUGGAUAGCUAAGCGAUAUUACUCUUACGGACUUAUGAAGCAUGAACAGGAGAAUUCGAACUUAAACAGCAAAGUAUAAGAUGGCAGCGAACAUUUGCAGUCAACAAAACAAAAAUAAAAGUAGCUUUAACUUUUAGUGAGCCGUACUGGUCAACUUUCAGCAAUUAAUGUCAGCCAACCCUAUUCAGUGGCCUUGUUUCAUUUGUCUGCGAUGGGUAAUGUACUGUAUUGCGAUGUCGGGGAAGUGUUCAUUCAGCUUGUGCUUUUUUCGCCUUCGUCUGUGCUAGAAAAUAGAAGCCGUUUCCUCAAUCUUAUAUUGGUGUUGCCAGACGUAGCCAGCUAAAGGUUAAUAAAAUCACAUUGUCGUAGUGGUUAAUCAUAGCUUGAAUAUACAGAGUCGCAGAGUGCCUGUCGACUAGAUAGUUUACAAAGCAAUAAUUUCACUCUGCCAGCAUACAUGCAUGAUAUGAAGGGCGUAAUGUGCAUGCCACACUUGGGUAGAGAUGUUAUCAAGCGUUGUGUGAUAGCUGCCAUUUAUAGUACAUGUUAUUUUUUCAGUGUUUCUUGCUUACUUUUUUUUCUGCACGUUUGUAGUAUUAUAGUUUGUGCAUAUAUUAUGCAAAACUCUUUAUGUACAGUGUUUUUGGCAUAUACAUUAGGUUUUACUUUUAACAAGGGGAACUCAGAAAAAAAAGCAAAGCUACUGUAUUGUGGAUUUUAAAUGAGAUGCUGACAAUAUACUCGUUCCUUUCUUCUUUUCCUUUUUUUUGCCAUAAAAAAUUUUUUCUCUGCAGCGAUUGUGCUCUAUGAAUGCGUGUUAUCGAAUGCUAUUAAUCAUGCAACAUGCUCAUUUAGCGCGCUGCUAAUUGUGCGCUAGUCAAGAAUGGCCACCAUUGUGCACGCAUGCGUGCGCUUCAGUAGCAAUGUCUUUUUUUUGCACUGCGCUUUGUUGUACCCAACAUAUGCUCCAUUAAGCUCCAUUGUCAAAUAGAUACUUCUUUGGGCAUUGCAACAAUGCGCGUUACAGAGCACUUUAAGUCUUCCCAGUAAAAUAGUACUUUGCUAAGUACUAGUAGCCACUAGUGCUAGCACUUAGCUAAAAUGGUACACCACAACACUUUGCGGUACCUUGUGGUACCUUCUACACUGUUCAUUCAAUGCGUAACACCCACCAGGGAGACACGUUAAUGCUUGGGCCAAGCCAGGAACACCUUGAGCUACGUUUGUUGGCAGUGGUUUUCAUGUGAAUUGUUGCAGGGAAGUCAUGCUCCCCCGUCUAACCCCUGCGUGAUGCUGCAUGUGAAAGGGCGAUAGUGGCAGAGAUAUGCCCCAAGGGCACAUGAAAGCACUAAACCAACCAGCCAACACAAACUGCUGUAUGAAGACCAUGUUUUAUGGCAACCACUGUUACUACUGGAAAAACUACGGAAGAGUACGACAGAAACACAGAUGGCAAAAUGCAGUUUCGGUGAAACAUGCGAUUGUUAACAAACCUACAUUAGACUGGCACUCUGUUUUUUACUUCGCAGCUGAGUAUGCAAUUGUCUCUACUAUGUGUUAUAUCUGUAAUUGUGAUUUUGCAGGUAGAAACAAUCCUCCGCUUAUGCAAAUAGAACGGCCUUUUCCUUCAGGUUCAAUCACAUUGCCUUUAAUCAAUGCCAUGCACACAUACUGCAUGGAUCCACUAACACGAGGCUA